GCCAGUCGAUGGACGAUGCAUUCGUCAGUUGUUUGUCUGCUGGGGCUUUGGUUGUCCCUCGGACGGGGCGUUGCUGCUGCUUCUGGUUCGGGGAUUCCAAACUGCAAAGGCUGCAGAAUGAAUGUGAUAUAUCCAGCAGCUGCGGGUGAAACAAGGCAUCCGAUUCCCUUGAACCAGCGGAUCGUGCGCGUUAUAAACCACUACAAACGCCUCAGCCUGGAGCAGCUGCAGCAACGCGCCCCCAGGAGGAGGCAUGACCCACAGCCAGACGAUUUCAGCUUCAUAGUUAAGAUUGUGGUUCAGAGCUCCGUUCGAUGCAGUGGGGCCCUGUUGGCGCCAAGGCUAGUGAUCAGCUCCAGCAGCUGCCUGAGCGGAGUUCCUCCCAGUCAGGUGCAGAUCCUCACCAGCGGCGGCAGAACUCACCCAGCGGCUAAGCUUGAGUGGCCACGAUCCUGCCCCGAGCUUAUCCUAAUCACAUUGCGGACUGCAGCCCCGGGGAAGCCCAUUGGUCUAUGCUCCCAGACCCUAAAGAGGGGCGGCAACGCCUCCAUGCUGAUGGCCAGCAACGAUCUCAGCUACUUCGGACGCAGGCACAGCCAGGUCGUCCCCAAUCGGGCCUGCAAGGUGACCUUUUUGCAGGAGGAGACUGUCUACAUCACGCCCAAUAUGCUGUGCCUGCGCAACUCGCGGAACCCAGACAAGUGCGUGACGGAGCAGGGAGAUGCCCUGUUGGUGGGCCGCAAGUUGUGCGGAUUGAAUGUCUAUGGAUCCCGCUGUCGGGCAGACUCCCUGAACGCCGAUCUCUAUAUGGAUCUGGCGAGACUUCGAACGCUCAUUUCCCACGUCAUACAGAAGCUUAGCUGAGAAAUUGAGGCGUGAGAAAUUGAAAUUUGAAUGCCAUAAAAUAAUUCUGUAUGCGUCCAGUCUUUGGGCUACGAAA